AUGACCAGGCUUGGCGACUACGCGGCUCAGUGCCCGGUCCCGGGCAACUUCGGGACCCCCCGCCCCGGGCCGCCCCGAAACCCGUCCGCCAAAAACGGCGCCGUGGUGGUGAAACUCGAUUCCGGCGAGAGGGUCCAGCUUUUGGCCCCCGACAAGCCGCCGCUGCGCCGCCCGCCGCCGGCAAGUCUGCGCGAGCCAUCGCGCCGGCUGGUCCGGACUAUCCCGGGGGGACUGGCGCUUUUUGCCCUGGGUCUGGCCGCAGAAGGCAGCGCACAGACGCUCUACCUGGGGCGCCUGUACACGCCUGGCGACGGGCGCCAGCUCCGGCGCGUGGGGCGGCACGAGGAGCGGGGCCAAGAGCGGGACCAAGAGCGGGGCCAAGAGGGGGGCACGCGCCGCUUGGCGUCGUUGGCGUCGUUGGCGUCGUUGGCCUCCUUGGGCCUGUAUGUGGCGCCGUAUGUGGCGGGCUCUUUUCGGACCGAGCCGCUGGUUUCGGGAGCGGCCGGCGAGCCGCAACAGGGGGCUGCCGGCGGGCGCGACACCGGCGCUGCUGGUGCCCGGGGCGCGGUUUCGGGGAGCGCCGAGACGGAAACCACUGCGAUCCAGAGCGGGGCUUCUGCCGGCGCAGGCUCGGGAGGGAGAGCUUCGGGCGGCGAGGGUCCUGGGUGGCUCCGCGCCAACACGCCCCGUUCGGGGUGGUUUCGGGCCGCCCUGCCGGCCCCCAUGGCUCCGCCUCCUGCCGUGCCCGUCCCGGCGGUUCCGCCGUCUCGGCAGGCUCGUUCUGAAGCGCCGCACUCGAGUGCUCGGUCUGGUGCACCUGUAUCGGACACCCCGCCGUUGGGGCUUGCUCAGUCUGGAAGAAACCACUUGGGCGCGGCCCGGUCGGGGAGACCGCAGCUGGCCGCAAGGUUGACCGGCACUGCCCAGGCUGGCGCACCCGGUGCUGAUCCACCCGGUGCUUAUCCACCCAAGGCUGAUCCCCCCGGUGCUGAUCUAACCGAGGCUGAUUUACCCGAGGUUGAUCCACCUGGUGCUUAUCUACCCAAGGCUGAUCCACCUGGUGCUUAUCUACCCGGUGUUUAUCUACCCGAGUCAGAUCCAGAGCUACCCCAGUCCAAUCUACCCCAGCACAGUCUUCCCGAGCCCGGUGCAUGCCCCUUCGAAAGCCCCCCCUCAGAUAUGCCCCUGUCGCAUAAUGCUGGCUCCAGAAGGCAGCCUCCCCCAUCGAACCACCCCAGCAGCGCCGCGUCCAGCGCCUCUCGCCCACAUACCCCUCCCUCUGGCUCGUCUCCCCCCGGCACACCCAACACGGGUACAGACGCUCGCCACAUCCAUGGUCGACUAGCCGGCGACGGAGCCCUCGAAAACAGCCUGCCCGGCAACAGUGCUCAUCUGCCUCCGCUCCAAGACACGCCCCACUUGGGCCCCUCGGCCUCCGACGCGGAAUUGGCCAGGUCCAGCGGCGAGAGCAGCAGCAGCCCGUGGCUCGCGUCGCCGCAGGCCAUGGUGUCGUUUUCGCCCGAGGACAUUGCCCAGGCACAGGUGCGCUUGCAAAUCAGCUUCACCGUCAACGAAAUCAUCCAGAGCGAGUACGCGUACGUCAAGAGCUUGCUGCUCUUGGGCAACUUCUUCGUGGAGCCGUUGCUAGUCAAGUGCACGGGGCUCCGUCUCACGUGCACGCCGUUGCUCAACAUGGACUGCGUGGUCAAGACCCUCCGUGCCAAACACGAGCGGUUCUUGGCCCGUGUGUCGCUGGAAAAAAGCAUUGCCCGCCUAGCCCGCGAAAUGGCCCGCGUGAUCGUGGAGCCCUCCUACGGCAAGUAUGCGGCAUGCGCCGAGCUCGUUCUCUAUUUGGUCAGUCGCCAGGUCCCGCCGUUCGAGCUGUCGUACGUGUGUGACCUCCAGACUUUCUUGGAAACCAACCAGCCGGGCGAGCGGCGCAUGGACUUGUCGCUCUCGCUGCUCCUCCAGAAGCCCAUGUGCCGCAUCACCAAGUACCGGCUUUUCCUCGGCCUGCUAGCCAAGUUGAGCCCGGACAACAGCCUGGUGCUCGGGUCCAUGUCCCGCAUCAACGACAAGUUGGUCCAGAUCAACGACGACAUCACCACCAACAAGCAGCGCCAGACCGUGCUAGAAAACAUCGCUGGCUGCAUCAAUCUCUCGGAGACCGCGGUGCCCGUAUACCAGUUUUUCGGACUCAUCAACCUUUUGGGCCACAGCAACGUCAUCUGGCUCACUUACAACCGCAGCGGCCCGCUGGGCCACGUGUGGCGCGAGUGCCGCGUGUUGCUCCACGAUAACCAUAUUGUGUUUACAGAAUUCCGCUCCAACAGGCUCUUGUUCAUAUUGAGUUUUGCCAACUGCCAGUUUGUGGCAAACCUCACUGACAGUGCGGGUGGCUUGUACAGCGACAACGCGUUGUCGGCCAAGAUCAUCUUUGAAAAGAGCAGCUGCCAAUACGAGCUCAUGCUUGUCAGCAGCACGGCCGAUGCACACGAGGCCCUUUUGCACGCGUGUGAAAACAUUCCUCGAAACGUUCUACAGUAUACUUCGACCAGUGAGGCAGACUGCUUCAUUGGCCCGCCAAUGGCGCAGUUUGAUAUCGAUCCCAACAACGCCGAGGCACUCCACGCCCAAAGCCACUCGUGCUACUUUCGUCAAUUGUACCACGUUACGGAGAGAACUUCGGAAUCACGGUUGCAGACUAUGCGCACAAUACUCCGUCGUGGUUUCGGCUGGUGA